AAGAAAACACGUUCCUUCUCCAACAACUAAAAUUAAUUAAUUAAUUAGUUCGCAACUAAUUUCCUCACGGGAGUGCAAUGGAAGCUGUGGCGCCGCCGGAGGCGGAGGCCGAGAUGAUCCCGACCUAUCGGGCCUGGGAAGGCAGCAACAAAUUCUGUUUUGGUGGGAGAUUCAUAUUCGGGCCUGAUAUAGGAUCAGUGUUCUUCACAAUAUCCCUCAUAGUUGCUCCCGUUGCAGUAUUCUGUGUCUUCGUUGCAAGAAAAUUGAUGGAUGAUUUCUCAGGCAAUUGGGGGAUUUCGAUCCUCGUAGUUUCUGUCGUCUUCACACUCUACGUGCUGCUGAUGCUUCUACUGACUUCCGGAAGGGAUCCCGGGAUCAUUCCCCGCAACGAUCAUCCUCCGGAGCCGGAAAGUUACGAAAACAGCAUGGAAUUGGGCGCGGCGGCACUUGCCGGGCAAGCGCCGCCGCCGCCAUACUUUCCACGGACGAAGGAAGUCGUCGUCAACGGGAUAAGUGUCAAAGUAAAGUACUGCAACACUUGCAUGCUGUACAGGCCGCCGAGGUGCUCGCAUUGCUCGAUUUGCGAUAACUGCGUCGAGCGAUUCGACCAUCACUGCCCAUGGGUUGGGCAAUGCAUCGGAAUGAGGAACUACCGAUUCUUCUUCAUGUUCGUCUUCUCGGCGACGCUGCUCUGCCUGUACGUCCAUGGAUUCUGCUGGGUUUACAUCAAGAGGAUAAUGGACGGCGAAAAGACGACGAUAUGGAAAGCCAUGGUUCGAACGCCAGCCUCCAUCGCGCUCAUCAUUUACACCUUUCUAGCGCUCUGGUUUGUGGGCGGGCUCUCGAUCUUCCAUCUCUACCUCAUAAGCACAAACCAGACAACGUACGAGAAUUUCAGGUAUCAAUACAGCAGAAGUGAGAAUCCUUACAACAAAGGCGUAAUCGGGAACUUCGUGGAAGUAUUCUGCAGCAGCAUACCUGCAUCAAAGAACAAGUUCCGCGCAAAAGUGCAGAAAAAGCCCACGAUUAGAUCGCAAUCACUCAAUACAAGCUUUGGCAGCGCGUACCUGGAUAACGGGAAACGGGAGCUACCGAAAGCGCUAUGGGCUGAUUCUGCGGAUAGAGCUCUUUCGAUGGGAUCUGAUAGACAUUCGCUAACCAACGGCGAAAGUUCGUAUGAAAAUUUGCAAUAGCAAUUGAUAAAUGUAAAGCAAAAGAUAAGGGAGAUUAAAGAAUCUACAACAGAAAUGCCAUGUACUGCAAAUGUGUGAAUAUAUAUAUAUAUAAUUCAGUUUUGGGCUAUUA